AUGGACUCAACAAUAGACCCACGGUGUACACAUGCACGCGCCAUCACAACAGGCGCGGCGAAAGCCAACCGUGCAGUCCUCAACAACCUCAUCACUCUCUACUCCAAAUCCAAUCUCCCUUCACACGCCGUCCGUGUUUUCCAGUCAAUCCCAUCACCCAAUGUCGUUUCAUUUACAGCGCUUCUCACAUCCGCAUUCUCCAACUCCCCACUCUCCGCCUUUCGUCAUUUUAUUUCCAUGAUCCGCCGUCAAAUCCUCCCCAAUGGCCAUACUUUAACCUCCCUUCUCAAAACUUGCGCCUCUCUUCCUGCUCUCACCUUCGGGCUACAACUCCAUUCCCUUGCUAUCAAAUUGGGUUUCUCUUCAGAGCCGUUUACGGCGUCAGCUCUUGUGUCGUUGUACUUUAAAACUGGGUUGUCAGGUAAUGCGAAAAGGGUGUUCGAUGAAAUGUCUGUUAGAGAUGAGGUUUGUUUCUCGUCCGUUAUUGUUGGGCUUGCUCGGAACUCUAAGCCUAUGGAUGCUUUGUCGUGUUUUGUUGAAAUGAGGAGAAGUGGUGUGGCAUCUACUAUGGUUAGUGUUUCUGGUGCUCUGCGGGCAGCAUCUGAUGUGGCUAUGCUUGAGCAAUGUAGGAUUAUUCAUGGACACGCGAUGGUAACGGGGCUUAAUUUGAAUGUUAUUGUAGGCAGUGCAUUGAUUGAUGGGUAUGGGAAAUGUGGGCUUUUGGGGAACGCUCGUGGAGUGUUUGAUGAGCUAGAAAUGGAACUCAAUAUUGUCGGGUGGAACGCAAUGAUGGCAGGGCAUGCUCAACAAGGUGAACAUGGCAAUGUCAUAGAACUUUUCACUUUGAUGGAAGAACGAGGAAUGGUGCCGGAUGAGUACAGUUUCUUAGCUAUCUUGACAGCAUUUUACAAUGCAGGUUUAGUUGAAGAGACUGAGAUAUGGUUCAGGAGGAUGACGGAAGAGUAUAGCUUGGAGCCAUGUCUCGAGCACUAUACGUGUUUGGUAGGUGCAUUGGGGAAAGCAGGGCGUCUGGAGGAGGCAGAGCGGAUUGCUUUAUCAAUGCCUUUUAAGCCGGAUGCAGCUUUAUGGCGAGUAUUAUUGUCUAAAUGUGCCUAUCACGUGAAUAUGGAUAUUGCGUGGAGGAUGAGUGAUAGGUUGUUGCACAUUAACCCAAUGGAUGAUUCGGCUUAUGUGAUUUUGGCAAAUGCAUAUGCGAGUGCAGGGAGGUGGGAUGAGGUGAGGGAGGUGUGGAAGAGAAUGAAGGAUAAGAAAGUGAGGAAGGAAGGUGGGAAGAGUUGGAUUGAAACGCAGGGAGAGGUUCAUGUGUUUUUAGCGGGUGAUAGGAGACACGAGAGGGCUGAUGAGAUUUAUGCUAAGUUAGCAGACUUAAUGGAAGAGAUUGAGAAAUUGGGUUAUGUGCCCGUAUGGGCUGAAAUGUUGCAUGAAGUAGAAGAGAAGGAAAAGAAGAAAGCACUUUGGUAUCACAGUGAGAAGUUGGCAUUGGCAUUUGGGUUGUUGAAUGGGACAGCACCACCUGGGAAAGCUUUGCGGAUUGUGAAGAAUUUGAGAAUUUGCAGGGAUUGUCACGAGGCAUUUAAGUAUAUUAGUAGACUUAUUGAGAGAGAGAUUAUAGUGCGGGAUGUUAACAGAUACCACAGGUUCUUGAAUGGAAGCUGCAAUUGUGGAGAUCAAUG